AUGGGGAAACUAGGCAUCCCAAAGAGAGUCAGGGCUUCCAAGAGAGUCGGCUGUGGGAGUGUUACACUGGGUGAUGUUCAAACGGUUGUGCACGGCGACGGGUUUGACUCCAUUGGCACACAUUGCCUUCGAUUUAGGAGCUCCAAAAUUAACGAGUUUUCCAAUGAUGGCAAACGACAAGUUCAAGUAGCUGCGUUUGAUCUCGACGACACAUUGAUUAGGAACAGGUCUGGGUUCAAGUUUGCAAGAUCUCCAGAUGACUGGAAGUGGUUCAACGAGCACGUGCCUAGAAAAGUGAAAGAGUGGACCAGGGAAUCACCAAACCGAAUUAUUGCGAUAUUUACCAACCAAGGCGCCGUCACCAACAUUGUCCCGCCGGGGAAGCCGUCGUUAUCCUUCAAUAAGCUGGUUGCUCGUUUGAAACUCAUUACCAAAGAGUUGGAUGAUUUACCUCUUGUUGUCUAUGCCUCUACACGGAAGAGCUCUACAGAUAAAAAGAAAGGGUUGGGGAGUGAUGACAAGUUACAUGAAACUUACAGGAAACCAGGCAUUGGCAUGUGGAAGCAGCUGCUUGUGGAUAUCGGCGAUGUAGACAUCAGCAACUCAUUCUUUGUUGGAGAUGCUGCAGGAAGAGACGGUGAUUUCAGUGAUUCUGAUAGGAAAUUUGCAGAAACAGUCGGUCUCACGUUCAAAGUUCCUGAAGAAUAUUUCAAGGCAUAG